AUGAGUGAACCAGAUCCUCGAGCGAUUGAAGCUCACCAAAGACCCGGAUUUAUUAGGCGGAAGCGAAAACAAGUCGGCAGAGCCUGCGACGGCUGUCGACUCCAACGGAUAAAAUGCGACAACAGCGUUCCAUGUCUCAACUGUCGCACGCGUGGUCGCGAGUGCAGUAACAAUAAUACGCCUUCUGUGACGACUCUCCCUCAAGCCCAAGAUGAGAUCGAUAAGUUGAAGCGUCGGGUGAAAGAGCUGGAGGUCCAACUUUUGCAGGCGCGAAAUAGUGAGACGCCGUCUUCACAACAACAAGAACCGACACCGCCUGGCGGAUCGCCACCUCUCCCGAGAUCUACUACCCAGGAAAACACGAAGACGAAAUUUUGGGAUGGCGUUUACCUUCGCCCGGCACGAUCGCCGCACAGCGCUUGGUUCGGACCUUCGUCACUUUACUUCUUCAUCCACCGUCUCAGCACAUUUCUCAGCGCUCAAGCCGACCACAUGCUCAUUCACCUCGCCAGCAACUUGGAACAGUUGGAACAGCCGACCCUAACGCAAGACUCUUCGCGACUGUUGGCACCUCUCACGCGAGUCAACGAAGAGGGAUUUUAUCUCACUCCAGUUCAAGAAGGGUACUUCAUCAACCUGUAUUGGGAAACAUACCAUACAUGUAUCUAUGCUGUGGUCGAUGAGGCAAGUUUCAAGGCGCAUUAUCAAUCACUCUACGUUGAUGUACCAGCCGGAUCACCAAGAAAACCAUCCGCACUGGUAGACAUCAUACUCGCCAUGUGCAUGCAGUAUCACACGUCGGCGCUUCCAUGCGGCCAGCAAGGCAACAUCCUCGAAGACAACGAUGCAACCAUGGCCGGCCGAUGGUACUAUCGGAGAGCGCAGACACUCUUGGCUUGCGAGGUCGAGAGCCCUUCUAUCUCAACUCUCCAAUGUCAUUUGCUCUGCGCAUUGUACGUCUGUGGAGGAUCCUUUCACAACAUGGCAGACACAACCAAUUCCCUUGCAAUUCGGACAGCAUACAUGCUAGGUCUGCACCUGGAUCCACCGCCCACGAUGCCACGACGCGAGCGCGAAUUCCGACGACGACUAUGGUGGUCUGUUUUCGAGGCUGAUUCCAAGGUCGGUAUGAAAGUCGGCCGCCCGUUCCUUAUUCGCGACUCUUACGUCAUGCCCGAUCUGCCUAGUGAUACUCUUGAAGUAGCGAUUGAGUCAGGUUCGGCAUUUCCCCCCAUCGGCGAUAAUGCUACAUGGCUCAGUCUCAACCUGCAGCGCACGAAGUUAUACCAAACCGCGAGAGCUCUGAAUCAAGCCUUUUAUGGUCAUGAGCUAAGGGUCGCGGAAGGACAUUCCGUCUAUGAUGAUCCAAACACAAUGGAAGAUCUUGCAAAUGCCUGGGGCCCGCGAACAGCAGCUCUCGCGGAAUGGACAAAGCAGAUCCCUCGAGCGCUAAAGACAAGCCGAAAACAUGGCAGCCCAUACUCCCUUGACGACUCCACUCUCGGUAUCGAGCAGUUUGCACCACAGUGGCUUCAGCGACAGCGCUUACACUUGGAGCUCGAGUACCAUCACCUAUGCAUCGGACUCCAUCGUCCGUUUCUCUCGUUCGCUCCCCAACAGGGAAGUUCGGCAACGGGAAUGGCAUUCAAGUGCGCCCAACAUGCGAUCCAGCUCACAAACAUCAACCAUCAAGUCUUAUCCAAGACUUCAAUCCUCAACGGCUGGCAUGAAGCCUUCCAAUGGCAAUGGAGCGCGGCGAUGACCUUGGUCGGAUUUGCUGUCGCGUAUCUGAAUCACCCACUCGCGCCAGCUGUACGCUCAGCAAUAAAAGUGGCUGUCUCGGUUCUCGACAUCUUCGCUCGUAGCUUUGAUGCUGCUUCCAAGGCCGCAGUCAUUGUGCGAACAUUACAUACAAACAUUGAAUCCGUCAUGGCGCAACUCGAGAUGCAAUCGGGCCCGACGGCUGUGGCAGCCAUGGAUAAUCCCCUCUUGUAUAAUCUACCUGUCCAAGGAGGAAUGGCGAACACAGUCGCCAACCAGUUUGAUGCAAUUGGCGGAGAUUUCGAUCUCUUGGACAUGGCGAUGAACGUGGACUUUUGGGCUGACCUCGAUAUGCUUCUACCAGGGAUUUCAGGAACGACAACUGAUGCAGCUGUGGCUUAG